AAUGCGACGUUCAUAUACAACACGUUAAUCAGUUAGCAGCAAAGAUCAGCAAUGUCUCAACAAGUCACUCAGAAAGCUCUUGUCAUCCCUUGCGCUGAAGCUCCUUAUACUUUCCUCACUCGUCCUGUUCCUACGCCGGGAGUGGGGGAUGUACUUGUCAAGAUCGAAGGUAUUGGACUCAACCCGGCUGAGUGGAAGAUAACAAAAGGGGUCAUGUUGAUAAAGGAAUAUCCAUUCAUGUCGGGCACAGACGGUGCUGGAACGGUGAUAGCCAUCGGGAAAGAUGUAAAGGGCGUUUCCAAAGGGGAUAGAGUUCUCUUCCAAGGUUAUUUUGAGGCGGAUAGAAGCACACACCAGGAAUAUGUUCUGGUAUACGCGGAUCUACUUGCGAAGCUACCACCUACGAUAUCUUCACUAGAAGCUGCAUCUAUACCUCUUGCACUAGCAAGUGCAGCGCUGGGAUUAGCCAUACCUUAUAAACCCACUGAACGUAGUGGUGCUGGACUCAAGCCUUUCUGGGACGACGACGCCGAAGGAUACUACCAUGGUCAGGCCAUUGUAAUCUUGGGAGGGUCAUCCUCUAUAGGGCAAUUUGUCAUUCAGAUUGCUAAGUACAUGGGGUAUUCGCCAAUAAUCACUACUUCCUCACUUCGCCAUAAAGAGUUUCUGGAGAGUCUAGGAGCAACCCACGUUCUUGACCGCUUUGACGAUGUGGCACUUGGUGUUAAGGAGUCGUUGGGCGGGAAAGAACUGAAGUUAGCUUAUGAUGCCGUUCAUACGCCGAUUACUCAGGCCGAAGUGGACCUGUUGAGUCCAGGGGGACAGAUCGUCAGCGCAUGGGAAGUUCCCAAAGAUUCGCUCGAUCUGUCCGGUAACAGGCGUGCCAUCGACUACUACGGUACCGUGCAUUGGUACAAAGACCUUGGGAAAGCUAUGUAUGCGAAACUAGGCGCGUUUUUGGAAAGCGGUGUUAUUCAGCCUAACCGCGUUGAGAAGUUACCUGAUGGAUUAUCGGGAAUAGUAGGAGGAUUGAAGAGGUUGGAGGAGAAUCAAGUCAGCGGUGUGAAGCUGGUGGUCGAUCCUGGGGAGACUCCUCUGGCAGCUGGUAGUUCUUGAUCCUUCCCAUUUUAGAUGGAGCUGUGGUUCGAUCUUCCAUAAAUAUUGCUACUUUUACUCGCACUCGUUGGCUUAUAUCCCGUACAUUGUUAUUGUCAGAACUGUUGGCUCUCACACUGGCAAUGCCCCUUACCAGCAGUCAUUUUUACUUCUUUCGCCCAGAAAGAAAAUGAUGAUUACUCCAUCAAAUGAACUAAAACACGGCUGAUCUAAGUCUUUUAGACAGACUAAUUUGUACC